AUGGGGAAAGGCUACUUUGAACUGGCCGGUCGACAGUUUCCCGCCGUGACGUGGUACAAAGAUCCGGCGUUGAGAAAGACCUACAUCGUUCUUAUGUUUGUGGUGCUUACCAGCGCCACCAAUGGAUACGAUGGCUCCAUGAUGAACGGUCUUCAGACCCUCACGGCGUGGCAAGACCAUUUCAACCAUCCCAAGGGCGGCAAAAUUGGCAUUCUGAAUGCGAUCAUGUCUAUCGGCUCCCUCUGUGCCAUUCCAUUUGUCCCUUAUACUGCGGAUUGGCUGGGCCGUCGAAUGGGUAUCCUCAUUGGCUGCAUCAUCAUGAUGGUCGGAGUGGUUUUGCAAUCCAUCUCAGCGGGUUUUGGCAUGUUUUUGGGGGCGAGAUUCCUCAUUGGUUUCGGCGUUGCCAUUGCCCAUGGAGCAUCCCCUCUGCUCAUCACAGAACUGGUUCACCCUCAACAUCGCGCAAUCUUUACCACCAUUUACAACACCACCUGGUAUGCUGGGGCUAUCGUUGCAGCCUGGCUCACCUACGGAACCGAUCACAUUGAGAACAACUGGUCCUGGCGUAUUCCUACCAUCGCCCAGGCCGCUCCAUCCCUGAUCCAGAUCAUUUUCAUUUGGUUCGUCCCGGAAUCUCCCCGAUGGUAUAUUGCCCACGGCAAAGAAGAAAGGGGACUGGAGGUCCUUGGAAAGGUGCAUGCCAACGGCAACGAGAAUGAUGAGUUGGUCCAGCUUGAAUUCGUGGAAAUUCGAGACACCAUCAGACUUGAGAAAGAGAUUGAAGGCAAUGGCUGGCUUGAACUGGUCAAGACCAGGGGCAACCGGCGCCGACUCAUCAUCUUGUUGUCGGCGGGUCUCUUUUCCCAAUGGUCUGGCAACGGUUUGGUGUCAUAUUAUAUUAAUAAAAUUCUCAACAGUAUCGGUUACACGGAUACCUUGACACAAAACUUGAUCAAUGGCGUCCUCCAAAUUUUCAACCUUUUUAUUGCCGUACUGGCCUGCUUCUUUGUCGACAAGGUUGGACGUCGCAAAUUAUUCAUCACCUCCACCGCCGGCAUGCUGGGGACUUUCAUUGUUUGGACAAUCUGCUCUGCACGAUAUGCCAUCGAUGGCUCCAAGUCCGCUGCCAAUGCUGUUAUUGGGAUGAUUUACAUCUAUUACUUCUGGUACAACAUUGCCUGGUCCGGCAUGUUGGUCGGCUACACCGUUGAAAUCCUGCCCUACAAGAUUCGAGCGAAAGGACUCACGGUUAUGUUUCUCAUGGUCGAUGCAGCCCUCUUUUUCAACCAAUACGUCAACCCCAUCGCCCUAGACCAUAUUAACUGGAAAUAUUAUAUAUUCUACUGUGUUUGGCUGGCAAUCGAACUCGCCGUCGUGUACUUCUUUUACGUGGAGACACGGAACACACCUUUGGAAGAGAUUGCAAAGCAUUUCGAUGGAGACGACGCUCUGGUCGGUGGAGGAGCCGCUACAGAAAAGGGCUUGAACAUGGCAACCGAAAUAGGUCUUCAGGGCACUAUUAGCCACAUCCAUGCCUUGGAUGAGAAGAAGCAUCAAAUCGAGGUUGAGAACGUUUCAUCCAAGGCUGGCGUUCAGUGA